AUGGAGGAAGAUAUGGAGAGAUUCAAGCCGUUGCACAAUUUCGAUUUGCCGUGCUUGAAGUGGGGAAAUCAGAAGCUUCUACGGUGCAUGAAGGUAGAUUCAAACGGAGAGGUGUCGGUCGUCGAUCGCAAGCAAUCAUCGGAGAGUGGUGGCGGCGGGGGAUAUGUAAACGGAACGAGGCGGAGGGAAUUGGAGUUUGAGAGACGAUUUAGAUCGAGUGAUGAUCGUAAGAUUGAGAGUUAUUAUAAGUUUUCUUCGUCGGAGAAAAUGAAGGCCAGAACCGGAGCUACCGGAGACGGUGAGAUCGAGGCGACUAGGGAGAAGCUGAUGUUCGAUUUUCAAAAGGAGGUCGGUAAGAUGAAGGACGCCAUUCUCAGAGAAGGUCUGGUGGUUCCGCCGCCGACGGCAACAACGGCUACGACGACGUCUACUUGUGCGGCGGAAAGGCCAUGGAAUUUAAGGACUAGGCGAGCUGCGUGCAAGGCUCCGCCUUCUCCGUCGAACGGAGUCAACGGUAACGGUGAGGUUUUGAAACCUAAUUCUUCUCCGAUAAGAAACGAAUGCAAAUCUCCGAAACUCCGACCUGUGGGCGGUGUCGCCAACGCAACUACAAGUGCUGAGAAAAGAGAGAGAACGAAAAUCACCGUUGCUCUUUCCCGUCGUGAGUUGGAGGACGAUUUCAUGGCGAUGGCCGGCCGGCGACUGCCACGGAAGCCGAAGAAACGGCCAAGGAUUGUUCAAAGGCAAUUGGAUACUCUGUUUCCGGGAUUGUGGUUGUCCGAAAUAACUGCUGAUCUUUACAAAGUUCCCGAUGAGGUUGAGACUGGAAAGAGGUAGCAUUUGGGAUAUGUCUGAUGACAUCAAUGGAGGAGUAUGAUCAUUAAUAACUGGGGACUUACUCAUUGAUUUCUUCAAAUUGGGAAUUUGAUUUGAAGUGUUCAAUUUUCCAGAUAAGAUCUUGGUGUAAGCUUGGGUUUUAUGCUAAUUUUGCUUCCAAUAGUCAAAACAUGUUCAUAUAUGUGUUCCUUUUUUAGUAGCUUUGUUGUUCAAUGGAAUAAAACUUGAAUAAGUUCGAAAUCGGCAUUAUAUAAAUUUAUCACU